AUUCCUUCGACAUUCGUAGGCAACACCGGGGAAGCCAGAAGUCUACUCAUUGCCCACCCAAUAGACAUAUACCCAGACAUAUCAAGCCGUCCCUCGCUGUUAGUUGACGGCGUGCUCUACCCCUGUGGAUUACCAUCAACGGACAUACUCCCCCCACUUUUGGAGAUCUAGCGCUAUCUCGCUCGUACAAAACCGUAGCAGCUUGUAUCCACCGACCAUCGAUAAUCACACCACUGCAUUUAGAGCUCUACAAGCAAAGCAGACACCAGUUCCCUGUCACUAGCCGCUCGUUUGAACAGUCUCAACCGGUGGCUUUUCCUAUUUCCUUCGUCUUAACCGGGAACUUCGAAAAGCGGGGCAGUUCAGAAUUUCUUGUCGAAAAACAUUCCCUUCAUACAUACUACCGCGGCACGCUACACCACGAUAAUAUCACAGCAUGUUGAACCUCGAUCCCACAUCGCUAGCGUUUCCCGAUGCGCAAGGGCCGCAGGUCUCGGUGCGGGAGGUGACGCCCACAACGAUCACGUUUGUGCUGAGCAAUACGGAGCUGGCCCUCGCUAAUGCGUUGAGGAGGGUCAUGAUGGCGGAGGUAUCGACGGUCGCUAUUGAUUUGGUGGAUUUUGAUACGAAUACGAGCGUGCUGGCAGACGAGUUCAUCGCACACCGCCUCGGUCUUAUCCCAAUUGUCUCCACCCACGUCGACGAGCUCACCGAACGACACGAAUGCAACUGCGUCUCACACUGCCAAGACUGCUCCGUUGAACUCACCCUCGACGUAACCUGCCAAAGCGAAUCCUCUAUCGGCGUCUAUUCCUGCGACCUCCUCUCCAACCACCCCAGUUUUGAAACCUACCUCGAGCACCCAGGCGACAAGGGCAUCCUCAUCGCCAAACUGCGCAAGGGCCAAUCCCUCCGUGUCCGCUGUAUCGCACGCAGAGGUACCGCGAAAGAACACGCCAAAUGGGGCGCAUGUACCGGCGUCGCCUUCGAAUACGACCCCCACAACCGGCUCCGACAUACCACGUACUGGCACGAGGAGGACAUCAAAAAGGAAUGGCCCAAAUCAGCUUACGCGGACGAGGAGCCUGAGCCGAAGGAUGGUGACCCGUUCGACUACAAUGCGAAACCGGAGCGGUUCUAUUUUACGGUGGAGAGUACGGGUUCCUUACCACCGGCGGACAUUGUGACGAGGGGGCUGGAGGUGCUGCAGAGGAAGCUAGCAACGGUGCAUGAUUCGUUGAGGAGGGUGGCGGAAAGUCAGGGGGAGACUGCGGUGCCGUUGGUGUACAUGUGAAGGAAGGAGCAAGAGUGGAAGAGAGAGUCUUUGCGAAGAGGAAGAAGGUCGUAGUCUUGGCGUACAUUGGAUGGGCGCCGAAAGAGGAGUCUGUGGAUAGGCGCACGAAACAUCCCUCGGGAGGUUCCGCGAUGCUCGUUUUCCAACGUCUUUCAUGUACCUAGCUUGAUAUCUAUUCAUCUCUGUAAUAUAUCAUGCACAUUUGCAGAGGGUCAGCAAGAAAG